AGGCCCGGCCUGGGUGGGGGUGGCGGCGGCGGCGGCCCAGGGGGCGUCGCGGUCCGGGUUCGAGCGGGAGGAGGCCUAGCUGGAGCCUCAGGGCGCCAGGGCCAUGCGGGGACCCGUGGCUGGAGUGGGGGGGGCAAGGCCGGGGGUGGCGGGCGUGGGGGGCCCAGGCAGGACGCGGGCGGAGCCGGCGGGCGGCGGGGGGCGGGGGGCGGGGGGCGGGUGUGCGGCGGCUCCUCCUUCCUCGUCGCCGACGCGCUGGGACCCGGGUGGGGCCGGUUUUCUCCGGAGCGAACAGGGGCCCCUGCCCAGGCGACGGGGCCUCCGAGACUCGGCGGCUCGCCCUCCUACCCCUCCCGCCCCAGGUCCCGGAGCAGCGGGCGGUUUGCGGGGCCUGCUGUGCCCGAACUGCUGCGACCCUGGCUCUGCGAGGGGGCGUUCACUUGAUGCGAAAACAUGUAAAAGACGAGCGGUGUGGGGGAGCUGUUGCAAAACUUUGAACAUAAAACUAACUGAAGGGCGUUGAGGCCCCGGCUAAGCUCCAGGGAGGGGUGCGGAGCCCUAGGGACCCCUUAGCUCGCGGACCACGGCCCCUGCUGACGCCUGCUGUGCGCCCAGACCCUCCCCACCCACCCGCUAGGAACCCGGGGCGCCGGCCUAGUGACUAGCAUGCGGACCUCUGUUCUCUGACUUCCUGCCCCUCUACUGACAUGGCCCAUAGGGGCGCCGAGAGGGACUUCCAGACAUCAGCUCGCCGCAUGGGCACCUCUCUGCUUUUCCAGCUUUCAGUGCACGAACGGGAGCUGGACCUGGUUUUUCUGGAUCAUAGCUAUGCCAAGCCGUGGAGUGCCCACCCAGAUGCCAGUAGUGCCCGCCCCACCCGCAUGCUCUUUGUUACUCCCCGGAGGCAGCAUGAAACUACCAUUGAAUCCGAAGUGCCAAUAGAUGUGGAGACAGUCACAUCAACUCCUGUGCCACUCUAUGACAAUCAGAAGGCACGUAGUGUGAUGAACGAGUGUGAACGGCAUGUCAUCUUUGCCAGGACUGAUGCCGAUGCUCCUCCCCCACCAGAGGACUGGGAGGAGCACGUCAACAGGACUGGCUGGACAAUGGCUCAGAACAAGUUAUUCAACAAGAUCCUCAAAGCUCUACAAUCUGACCGACUUGCCCGCUUGGCCAAUGAAGGGGCUUGCAAUGAACCAGUACUUCGGCGUGUUGCUGUGGACAAAUGUGCAAGGAGAGUGCGACAGGCUCUGGCAAGUGUGAGCUGGGACACCAAACUGAUCCAGUGGCUGCACACCACACUGGUGGAGACGUUGAGUCUGCCCAUGUUGGCAGCAUACCUGGAUGCCUUGCAGACUUUAAAAGGGAAGAUCCCUACUUUGAUUGACCGGAUGCUUGUGUCGUCCAAUACAAAGACUGGGGCUGCAGGAGCUGAGGCCUUGUCCUUACUGCUAAAGAGACCUUGGGACCCCGCUGUGGGGGUGCUUUCUCAUAAUAAACCAAGCAAACUCCCUGGCUCGCCUCUCAUCCUCAUUGCCUCUUCUGGGCCCUCUAGCUCUGUGUUCCCCACCUCACGUCGUCACCGAUUCUGGCAGUCUCAGCUCUCCUGCUUAGGCAAGGUCAUCCCUGUAACUACACAUCUGUUGAACAAUGGUAGUGGGGUAGGAGUUCUACAAUGUCUUGAGCAUAUGAUUGGAGCAGUGAGAAGUAAAGUGCUAGAGAUUCACAGCCAUUUUCCCCACAAACCCAUUAUCUUGAUUGGCUGGAAUACCGGAGCUUUGGUGACCUGUCAUGUAUCAUUGAUGGAGUAUGUCACUGCUGUUGUCUGCCUUGGGUUUCCUCUGCUUACUGUGGAUGGUCCUAGAGGGGAUGUGGAUGAUCCUCUAUUGGAUAUGAAGACGCCAGUCCUCUUUGUCAUUGGUCAGAAUUCCCUGCAGUGUCACCCUGAAGCUAUGGAGGAUUUCCGGGAGAAGAUUCGUGCUGAGAACAGUUUGGUUGUGGUUGGAGGAGCUGAUGAUAAUCUCAGAAUAAGCAAAGCAAAGAAGAAGUCAGAAGGAUUAACUCAGAGCAUGGUAGACAGAUGUAUUCAGGAUGAGAUAGUAGACUUUCUGACAGGAGUACUCACUCGUGCUGAAGGACAUGUGGGCUCUGAACCUCGAGAUCUGGAUGCUGAGAAAAAGAAGAAGCCCCGGGACAUGACCCGCAGAGACCUGGCCUUUGAGAUCCCCGAUCGGGCCAGUCGACCUGCCUCCCCAGCUGCCAAGCUGCCUGCAUCUCCCUCGGGCUCAGAGGACCUUUCCAGUGUGUCCAGCAGCCCUACAUCCAGUCCCAAGACCAAAGUGACCACAGUGGCCUCUGUUCAGAAGUCUAGUCAGAUUGGGACUUCUCAGCUGCUGAAAAGACAUGUGCAGCGGACUGAAGCUGUGCUGACUCACAAACAAGCCCAAGCACAGUUUGCUGCUUUUCUGAAACAAAAUAUGCUGGUGAGGAAAGCUCUUCCUCCUGGCACCUCCUCCUGUCUCUUUGUUCCUAUUUCAUCAGAACAAGCAGAAGAAGCUGAGAAAGAGGAUCUUAGGGUUCAGCUGAAGCGCCAUCAUCCCUCUAGUCCACUUCCUGGCAGUAAGGGCUCCAAGCGACCGAAGAUUAAGGUGUCCCUUAUUUCCCAAGGAGAGACUGUUGGAGGGUCUACUCCAUCCCAAGUUGGAACUCCAGAAGUCACGGGAGGAAAGCCUAUCACAAUGACACUGGGGCAAGCUUCUGCAGGGGCCAAGGAACUCACAGGACUUCUCACCACAGCCAAGUUGAAUGCCUCUGAAGGGGGAGUCUCAACCAGCCCAGCCUCCUCUGUGGUCUCCAGCAGCACUACACCCAGUGCCUUGCAUACACUCCAGAGCCGCCUGGUGGCCACCUCCACUGGCAGCACCCUACCAGGGGCCACAUCAGCCAGCAGCCUCCUCCAAGGUCUCAGCUUCAGUUUGCAGGAUAUCAGCAGCAAGACUUCUGGUCUACCAGCAAAUCCCUCUCCAGGUCCAGCCCCACAGGCCACCAGUGUGAAGUUGCCUGCCCCUAUGCAGAGCCUGGGUACCAUCACCACAGGCACCAGCACCAUUGUCCGUACCAUUCCUGUAGCCACCACUCUCUCCUCCUUGGGUGCCAAUUCUGGUGGGAAACCCACAGCCAUCCACCAGCUGCUGACCAAUGGGGGCCUCGCUAAGUUGGCAAGCAGCCUCCCUGGCCUGGCUCAGAUCUCUAACCAAGCAUCAGGCUUGAAGGUCCCAACUACUAUCACUCUGACAUUGCGUGGUCAGCCAAGCAGAAUCACCACACUAAGCCCUAUGGGUUCAGGAGCGGCACUGUCAGAGGAAUCCACUUCCCAUGUGCUGCCCUCUAGCACACAGCGUCUGCCUCCAGCACCCUGAAGAUGCCAUGAGAUGUAUUCUUCUUUACCAGGUUGGUGAUGGUUUCUGCGUGGUGAUCCCUGGACACAUGUGCUGUCCUGCAGAGCUGUCAGUUUGUCUGAAGAUAGUCAUAUUUGCCUCCCUGCCAGUUGUCUUCAGGGUUGAGCCUUGUGAAGCCAUUACACUAGGUGAUAUGGUGCCAGCAAGGAGAGCAGUGUCCUCCAGCAUCUACAGAUCUGGUUCCCAGAAUCUCCCGUUUCCUCAUGCAGAUCCCUACAUGGAUCAAAGUCACUUCUCCCCAGCAUUAGCUGGAAUGCACCCAAAGUCAGUGUUGGACUUCUCACUGCAUUUCAUAAAGGAGUUUUUUUGGAAGUCUGUGCUACCCCAUGCCUACUUGAGAAACACCUGCCUCAUGAUCUGUGAUUACAGGAAUUAGGAUGGAGAGCUGUUUGCUGAAGAUGCAUAUUAUCCAGGUUCACUAACUGGUGGUUCAUUGCCAGAGGGGCUUGUUUUGGACAUUUCUAUCAUCUUCACUGAGCUGCCAUGGAAGACUAUGCCUCAUGCAACUGUCACUCAAGAGCCAUAUCAGAAAAUCCGUAGACUGCUGAGACCUGGAAAUGUCUCAUUUUAAAUCUACUAUAGGGCAAAGAUAACCAUUACUACUUUUCUGUCCCUUUGACCACUAGAGAUGUGGAGAAAGUAGUGACCAGGAGGUGAAAACUGGUUACAUUCUUUCAUCAGGCUUUAGGUAGUUCCUGCAUCUAGAACACAGGCAUGGAGUGAAACAGUAGCAAGUGAUUUGAAGGACAUACGAGUAAGUCCUCUGUUGACAAGUUCGGACUUAAGACUUUGCAUCUAGGAUCUAAGGAACUAUUAACUGGAGAUGAGAAGCGAAGUAGUGAUAACCAGCUAAGUUAACAUUAUUACUGUCCCAGGAAGGUUAGGCAGCAAGACAAUGAAGGCCAUACUUCAGUGUUUUUCUUCUAAUUCCAUUGCAACAAUUUUUGUCUUCGUGCUUAGAACUGGGAAAAUUAUUAGAAGUCACUUUAUUGUGCAGGGCUCUUGAUAACAACCUGUACCCUGGGGAUAGAGGUUGUUGAAGUGAAAUUGAAGAUAGAGUUCUGAGCCCCAUCUAACCUCAUAAUACUUGUGUAUAAAGGUAGUUUUAGACUUGACUUAGAACCUAUCCUUUGGAGCAGGUUCCCUUCCCUUCCAUACUCUACAAUGUUUUCAGCCAGUGUAACAAAUAAGGCACCCAAAAUGCUCAUACGUUUCUGUAGACAAGGCUCACAGCAUGUUAUAUUGGAAUUGUCCAGGAUCCUAAUUUGGUUUGGUGUUUGCCCAAAGUAGACCACCUGUGUUCAGUCUAGGAAUCUUCUCUGCCAGUCUGAGUUGCAGCCAGCCAGAAAGAAGUGUCUCGUAUGCAGAAGUCUCAGGUGAGACAGAUUGGGCUGCUACAGACACUCUUGGAGGGGUCUGUGUGGUUGGAGUGGGAACAGUCUCUUAACUGCCAUACUCUCUCUUCCUGACCAUCUGCAGAACUGGUCUCAGUAAUGACUGACAGAAUGCAGCUGCAUUCUUGCAUUAACUGGUAGAUAACUGAUUUCUGAAGCUUAGGAGGCAUUUAAUUUUUAUGUAUUUAUUUUUAUAUGAAAUCUGAAGAUAGCCAGAGGUAAUGGGUAACUGUAUAGGUAGCAUAACAGCACAAAAGCAGUAACAGCCAGACUGUGUACAACUGUAUGAAACAUGUAGGAAUCAUUCAGGCAGAGAUCCCUGAACAACUAUUCUUGAUUUAGGGGAGCAGACAGCCUAGAUAGUGCUAACAAGACUGCUGCUGCUGGAGCUGCUCCAGAUCCUGACCUGGUAUAUACAGUGCAGGGGGAAGGAUAAAUUAAUAUCCUUUGUAAGUCCUUUGUAAGUCCUAAACUGCUUCCUCUGCAUGACUUUCUGAAAUUUGGAUUUAAGCCUUGGAGAAUAUCAAAACGGGAAGAGAGUUGAGAGAUUGUUGAUCCUUCCCUUUGGAAGUACAGACUGAAGGCAGAGUGGCUGAGGUUUGUAGAGAUGCUCCCCCAAUUCUGUACUUGUUGAAAUGUAAAAGGGAUCUUUCUUCUACCUUUAGCAGGCUUGGAAUACAUGAUGUCAAAGAUACUAUCACUGGCUGAAAAUGUAAAAGGAUCAAGACUUUAGUUUAAUUCUUACAUUAUAUAUGCAUAUUUAUGCUAUAUGGAAGAUGUCUUUGUGCUAUGAGAAAAGGCCUGAUGGAGGAAGACUUUCUGUCUUUGAAUUAUUCUCCAUUAGAAUAGUCUUAGAUUGAAUGGAUUAUAGAGCUGAGUUUCUGUGAUGGUCCUAUUCUUACAUUAACUAAAACAAUUAAAAUAAUAAUCUCUUUGGAUUACUUCAACUUGUUCUUAGUUGACUUCUCAUGCUUAUCCUAGAAAUCAUCUAAUUAAGAAGACAUAGAAAGUGAUAGCUAAAGUAUUAUAGAAAGUCAGUUAUCGCAUUAAUGCCAGGAGCUGUGAGGUGAGUACUGUAAUUCUUUUAUACGUAAGGAAACUUGAGUCACAGGGAAGUCUCAUGGCAGAAGCAACAGCAGAACCAACUGGAACCCAGAUACUCUGAUGCCAGUGUCUGUUGUACUCUGCAGUGUGUAGGUUUCUGAGGUUGGAAACCAAAAGCAGAGAUUAACUUUAGAGGUGAGGAGAUGGCUUGACUUUCAUGUUUCAGUUUACUUCCCAGCAGGCCUAGAGUGAUUGCUGCUGUCACACUUGGCUCUUGGCUAGACCUGAAUCAGGUGAUCUUAAGUGGUUGAAAUCCCUUUGUACAUAAUAUUCCUCAACCCCUUCCAAUAAAUAAAUGAAAUUUCAGAAGGAAAGACAGGCAGACAAGAGGGAAAGAGAAGGAGCACUUAGAGAUGAAUGAAUGAAUUCCAACUCCCAGAUUAUUUGUGAAUUUGAAUCCAAGAGGACUCUCCUUUCAGUGCUGCUAAGAUCCCUACACCCUCAGUGGGUGAAGGCCAUAAUUCUAGUAGAUUUGCUUCAAGCAUCUGCUACAUCUUGAUUUCCCUUUCUUCUCUCUCUGUCUUAAAAAAAUAUUUAUUUAUUAGAGAACCAGAGCAUCAUUCUGGCAUAUGUGAUGCCAGGGAUUGAACAUGGGACCUUGUGCUUGAGAGUCCAAAUCUUUAUCAGUGCCACCUCCCAGGCUGUAUGUGUAAAUAUAUAUGGUUGUCAGAGAUGUCAUGACAUGUCUUUCUAUGCAAAAAUGCACCAUAACUUUUCCAACAACCCAGUACAUAUGGUUAGAAUACUGCUCAGCUUUGACAUAUAGUGGUACCGGCAGUCGAGCCUGGCGCCGUUGGGGCCCAAGCAUGCAAAUCCUGUGUUCUAGAGCUGAGCUGCUAUCUUAUUAGUUCCUAUCUCCCUUUCUAAGCAUAUGGUGUAGGAUCAGUAAACAAAAAGCAGAAAUCUGUUCACCCAAAUUAGUUCUAUAGGGGUGUUUUUUCAUUAGGUAUUCCCACAGGCUAGGAGUCUCGUGGUUUCUAUUGUUUGCCUUGUAUCCUCAACUGAUUUGGACUUGGCCAGGAACCAGUUUUGAUCCUGUUGUCAGAGGACUUUUCAAUUUGCAGAGCCCUUUGUAGAUGGCAAGGUUCUUUAAGUUCAAAAUCUGAACACAGUUUGAUUGGCUCAGUUCUACUUAAGGGUUGGUUCUUGCCUUCUCCAACCUCAGUAUAAUAAUAGUUAUCAAAGGGUGAAGUCAUGAAGUUUAUAUUAAUACCUUUAAAAGAGUGGAAGAGAUUUAAAAAAACAAAAACUGUUGAUCUAGGGAGUUGAUUCAGUGGUAGAGCAUAUGACUUCCAUACAUGAGAUUCUGGAUUCGAUCCCCAGCACACAUAACUAGAAAACCUAGACCAAAGUGGAACAUUCUAGAUACUGGGGUGGUGCUUUAGUCUCUCACACACAGCUAAAAACAAUGAAGACCCUGCUAGUUAGAUAUGAAUGUUGGAGUUUUGAGUACUUGGGAUUAAAUACAAGGCAUCACACUUGUGAAGCAUACUCUCUCCCACUGAACUUAUCCUGUGUAUGUGUGUGUAAGAUUUAUUUAUUAACAUGAGAGAAAGCCAGAAUAUCAUUAUGGCAUUUGUGAUGCCAGAGAUUAAAUUUUGGAAUCUCAUGUAUGUAAAUCUGAUGCUCUUAAUGACCUCCUGGUCCACUUGAGGUUUUUUCUUUAGGUAGCAGUGACAUUAUAGAGAGCCCUCAUGUUCUUUCUCGUGUAAUUGGUGCAAUAUCAAGCUAGGAAAUUAACACUGAUAUAAUGUGUAUGGGUAGUUCUGUGUUAUUUAAACACAUUUUAUCCCUGCAGUCACAAUAAAAGGAACCAUUCCAUCACCACAAAGAUCUCCUUUAUACAACCACUUUAGAGUCACACACAUCUGCUUCCUCACUAUUUCUCUCCUAUAGUAACCAGUAAUCUUUUCCACAUAUUUGUGUGUAGAAUUAUUUAUAAAUAAUCUAUAAUACAUGGCCUUUAAGAAAAAAAUGGUUCAUGAAUGAGAGUGCAUGAUGAGAGAGGGAGAGAGAGAUGAGACAACUAGAGCAUCACUGUCACACGCAACAUAAGGAACUAAACUCAGGACCUCAUACUUGAGAGUCCAACACUAUCCACUGUGCUGCCUUCCAGGCCACAAUAUAUGACCUUUUAAUUUUAGCCAAUGUUCUAGUUGGUGUGUUGUGUUACAGCAUUAUGGAGUUUGUUUAAGAUCCAGGAUAUAUGAUCUAUCUUGGUAUAUGUCAUGUAGACUCUUGAAUGUAUAUUCUACUGUUGGGUGCAAAAUGUUUUGUAAAUGUUAAUGAAAUUCUAUUGCUUGUUGGUGUUAAGUUCUAUCCUUGAUCGAUCAUUUUCUGUCAAGUUGUUCUAUCAGUUGUGAGAGUAGUGUUGAAAUGUUUUCAACUGUAAUUAUGGAAUUGUCUGUGUUUCUUUCAGUUCUACCAAUUUCUCUUCACAUAUUUUGCAGUUCUGUUAAUUGGUACAUACACCCGUAGGACUUCCAUGUCUUUUUGGUGGAUUGACCCUUUUACUAUUAUGUAAUGUCUCCCUAUAUACCUGGUCAUUUUCUCUGCCCAGGACUCUCUUUGAUAGGUCUGCUGUCAUUCUCUUUUAAGUGGUAUUUAUACUUUAUGUACUUUGAUGAUUGUUAGCUAUAUAAAUGUUUAUAAUUAUUGUAUCUUCCUGCUGUGUUGGCCCUUUUGUUACUAUAUAUAGCACCUUUUUUGUAUCUUGUAAUCUUUAUUAAAUUUAAAGUAUAUUUUA